AUGAUAUCUGAAGUAACACGUUCUCGUUUUAAUCAACUUUAUGAAGAAUAUAACCAAACACUUUUAUGUCCGUGUUCGAAAGCAACAAUACCUUUGAGAGAUUUUGUUAACAGUACUGUUACACUUCAUUCACUCUGCUCAAGUGUUUUCAUCAGUAAACAAUGGAUUGAAGCACUGUAUUCGCCAAUAGCAAAUCGAUAUCAACUGAAUGACUUCCGAAAAACAGCCAGUUAUGUUAAAGAAUAUUCUCAACAGGCUAUAAUCUUUGAUUUGAUCUGA